UGAAAUUAGUAGCAAGAAAGCAUGUAAUUGACAAAGUCACGUGUGCUCAGGGGGCCAGAAACUGGAGAGAGAAGAGAAAAAAAAUCAAAAGAAGGAAAGCACAUUAGACCAUGCGAACUAAAUUUGUGAUCGCACAAAAUCAAGAUGUUAGACGGAUGCUGAAGAUCACUCCGGUCCAAAGGGAAAGUUUUCAUCUCUCGAGUUUGAAGCUGAGGGCCGGUGGGGCAACAUGGCCGAAGGCGGGGCAAGCAAAGGUGAAGAGCCAGAAAAGCUGCCUGAGCUGGCCGAGGAGGAAUCCCAGGUUCUGCACGGAACUGGCCACUGUAAGUGGUUCAAUGUGCGCAUGGGAUUCGGAUUCAUCUCCAUGAUAAACCGAGAGGGAAACCCCUUGGAUAUCCCAGUGGAUGUAUUUGUACACCAAAGCAAACUAUUCAUGGAAGGAUUUAGAAGCUUAAAAGAAGGAGAGCCAGUGGAAUUUACAUUUAAAAAAUCCCCCAAAGGCCUUGAGUCAAUACGGGUAACAGGACCAGGUGGGAGCCCCUGCUUAGGAAGCGAAAGAAGACCCAAAGGGAAGGCCCUGCAGAAGAGAAAACCAAAAGGAGACAGGUGGAGACGACAGGAUUUACUGAUGGAUCAGAUGUGGACUGUGAGAGAAGAAGAGUCCAGGAUGAUUCCAAGAUGCUACAACUGUGGUGGCCUUGACCAUCAUGCUAAAGAAUGUAGUCUACCUCCGCAGCCAAAGAAGUGCCAUUACUGUCAGAGCAUCAUGCACAUGGUGGCCAACUGCCCACACAGAAUCGUCGCCCAGCUGCCCCCCAGUUCUCAGGGGAGACAGGAGGCGGAGUGCCAGCCAUGCACCUCUGCUUCACCGAGGGAAGGGGGAGGGGGGCGUGGCUGCACAUCACCCUUUCCUCAGGAGGCGAGGUCAGAGACGGCAGAGCCGCCAGACAGGUCACCCCAAGAAGUUUCUUCUGUGAAGGCCUUUGCAGCACCAGAAGAGCAAAACAAAAAGGGUCCUUCGAUUCAGAAACGGAAGAAAACUUAG